ACUUUGACACCAAAAAAAAAACAUCAAUUACAGAAUUGAACAUUCAUGAUUCAACCACAGUUGUUCAAGCUUCAUAAUGCAGGUUACAUACGAAUCAAAUUCAACCUGCUACAGAUUGCCAGAAAUUCAACCUGCUACAAAAUUUUGAGAUGAAAGGCACAGACUUCAAGGUAAAAUGCCAAAAAGUAACAAGAGGAACAUUUUCUUUAUUGUAGGAAGAAAGAGACCCAAAACUCGUAGUUCUCGCUCCACUGGCGCCGUGCGGUUUCACCUUGCUAAUCGCUGCACAAUCACAGACCGUGUUUCCGUUUCACUUGGGGGUGGUUACUGGUUAGUCUUCUCAUCCUCCUCCUCCUUUCAUAAUUUGGGGAGGGGAGAAGAAGAGAACAAUGACGAGCUACGCGUUUCUGAACGAUCAGCUCUCAAAGCAUACUUCAGUUUUUGGGUUAAGACUGUGGGUGCUGCUAGGCGUAUGCGUUGGAGCAGCCAUUGUUUUUUUACUGUUUGUCAUAUCACUCUGGUUCGCUGCAAAGCGCAACAAUGCUUCCAAGCUCAAGUCUAGUCAGAAACCCAACAUACCAAAUGUGUCCAGGGAGAUCCAGGAAAUCCGGCUUGACCAUUCUCGUGAACCAACUAAGCCAGUCCUCUUGCCCUACCCCGACCCACUGCCGGAAUCACAGUCCGAGGCUCUAGAAAGAGCCCAAGCCAUUCUUCUUCAGCAGGAGGACGAAAGCCCAGGAACAGGGCCCCGCAGAAUCCACAUUGAAAUUGGAAAGGGCCACUGCAUUUCGUACCCUGAGAGGGGGGGCGGUUCAUCGCAUGGCAGCGGGGAGGUUCGGUCAGGCGAGCAACUCUCCAUUGCUGCGCCGGAAGUUUCUCAUUUGGGUUGGGGGCAUUGGUACACUCUUCGAGAGCUUGAGGUCUCCACCAAUUUUUUCGCCGAUGAGAACGUCAUAGGUGAAGGAGGCUACGGGAUUGUUUACCGAGGGGUGUUGCAAGAUAAUACCAAUGUUGCUGUUAAAAAUUUGCUAAACAAUAAGGGUCAAGCUGAGAGGGAAUUCAAGGUGGAAGUUGAAGCAAUUGGGCGCGUUCGGCAUAAAAAUUUGGUGAGGUUGCUUGGGUAUUGUGUUGAAGGAGCUCAUAGGAUGCUUGUUUAUGAGUAUGUGGACAAUGGAAAUCUAGAACAGUGGCUUCAUGGAGAUGCCGGCCCUUCUAGUCCCCUGACGUGGGAUAUUCGAAUGAAUAUAAUACUUGGAACUGCAAAAGGGUUGACAUACCUUCACGAGGGCCUUGAGCCGAAAGUUGUUCAUCGUGAUAUCAAGUCCAGCAAUAUAUUGCUUGAUAAGCGAUGGAAUCCGAAAGUUUCUGAUUUUGGGCUUGCAAAACUGUUGGGAUCCGAAAGGAGUUAUGUGACGACUCGCGUGAUGGGAACAUUUGGAUAUGUGGCGCCAGAAUAUGCAAGCACUGGCAUGUUAAACGAAAGAAGCGAUGUGUAUAGCUUUGGAGUCCUUCUUAUGGAGAUCAUCUCUGGUAGAAACCCAGUUGAUUACAGCCGUCCUCCAGGAGAGGUGAACCUGGUUGAGUGGCUGAAGACGAUGGUUACAAACCGGAAUGCAGAAGGUGUUCUGGAUCCUAGGCUACCUGAGAAACCUUCUUCCAGAGCACUGAAGCGUGCCUUGUUAGUAGCUUUACGGUGUGUAGAUCCAAAUGUCCAGAAAAGGCCAAAAAUGGGACACGUUAUACAUAUGCUCGAAGCCGAUGAGUUCCCAUUUCGAGAUGACCGUAGAGCUGGAAGGGAAUAUGGACGGUCCCAGCAGGAUAACACGAGAGAUAGGUUGAUGGAAAAGCGAGUAAGCAAAGCCGGUGACAGCAGUGCAUAUGAAAGUAGUUCCCACACUAUAUAGGUCUUUGAGGAUAAAGCAAGAACUCGAAGGACGGUAGCCUUACUAGGGAUGCUUUAAGCACUGUCUUCUUUACGUGUUAUGUGUAAUGUGUUUGUUAGUCAAUAUGUUGCUACAAGCUACUGGAUGCCGUUUAAUUAAAAGCAGUAAGCCGAUUGUCUUAUCAGCCUAAA